CCCCCGCGCAGGACCUCCCGAAGAUGGGCGAGGUGGCCGAGGAGAGCUUCGACAACUACGGCAACAACCGCAUGAAGACGGUGGUGGACCGAGUCAACCGAAAUGCGAGGUGCCGCUGCUGCCUGUGGAUGGUGGCGCUGUGGUGCGCGGCCACGGUGAUCUUCAUGCUGGCGGGGUACGACCGGGUGGUGCACUCGGUGGCCGUGGAUCAGAUGGUGCUGAAGCAGGGCAGCCAGAAGUACGAGGCGUGGGUGGACACGCCCGUGCCCGUCUACUACAAGGUGUUCGUCUUCAACCUGACGAACCCCGAUCAGUUCAUGGCGGGAGGGCGGCCGCGGGUGCAGGAGCGCGGGCCCUACGUCUACCUCCUGAAGGAGUCGAAGGAGGAGGUCAAGUUUCACAAGAACGGCUCGGUGACGUACCGGACGCGGCCGCUGUACUUCUUCCAGCCGGACAUGUCAGCCGGCUCUGAGGACGACGUCAUCAUCUCGGUCAACAUCCCCUUCGUCAACGCCGCCGACGCCGUCAAGGACCAGGGCUUCCUGCGCAUGGUCAUCCAGAUCGCCAAGAAGAUCCACGGCUUCCAGACGGUGCGGAAGCUGACGGUGGGCGAGCUGCUGUGGGGCUACAAGUCGCGCGUGAUCGACUGGGCGAGGACGCUGCAGGAGCUGCCGUACCCGCACCAGCUGUUCGGCCUGCUGGUGGGCUUCAACGACUCCAUGCAGGAGCCGUACACGAUGCACACGGGCAAGGGCGACGCGGCCAAGAUGAACCAGAUCAUCGCGUGGAACGGCCGCGAGCGCCUCGACUUCUGGAGCGGCGAGCGCUGCAACGAGAUCCGGGGCACCGACGCCAACGGCUUCGCGCCCGGAGUCAGCAAGCAGGACACGCUCUACAUCUUCAAUGGGCAGCUGUGCCGCGCCAUCCCCCUCGUCUACAACGACACCGUCAUCCAGUCGGGCAUCGCCGCCUUCCGCUUCGUGCCGCCCGACGACGUCUUCGCCUACGGCAAGGCCAACCCGCACAACAACUGCUACUGCAGCGGCGGGGGAUGCCCGCCCUUAGGCAUCCUGGACAUGAAGCCGUGCUACUGGGGCGCCUCCGUGGGCUUCUCCUUCCCGCACUUUUACAAGGCGGACCCCAAGCUGAGACACAUCGUCCGUGGGCUCAGACCGGACGAGAAGAAGCACCGGACGGAGUUCGACAUCUAUCCGGACCUCGGAGUUCCUCUGCGAGUGAAGCUCCGCAUGCAGAUGAACGUGAUGCUGGACCGCAGCCAGGCCCUUGAGCGUGCCCGCCACUUCGACGUGGUCCUCCCCAUUUUCUGGUUCGAAGUGGGCGUGGACUCCCUGCCCGGCGAGGUGGUGGGGCUCCUCAAGCUGGCGCAGAACCUGCCUCCCGUCGUCAAGACCACGAGCGUCACGCUGUGCACGGCCCUCACGCUCAUCUUCUUGAUGCUGCUUCUGGCGCAGACGGUGGCGGCGUGGUGCGGCUGGGGCUCCUCGGGGGCCAGCAAGCGCCCCCACACGCCCGAGCACCUCCCGGCCCACCACCACUAUCGGACGUCGACGCCGCCGUGGGACUUCGAGGACAUGCACAAGCCCAGGAACGGCUCCCCGAACGGCUACAAGGAGCCGCUGGCCACCGGCCUUCCCCAGCCCGGCAUAGACAUCCCGAUCAUCGACGACCACACCCUGCUCCCUCCCUACCGCCGGCGGGACACGUCCGACUUGGCGAACGCCUCGGCGCCGCCCAGGUCCCUCCGCCCUACAGCCCGGGGCCGCAGCAGCGCACGCCGUCCACGGUGUCAGUCGAGAUCCACACGACGGCCUCCGACGACGACCUCCCCGACCUCCCGGUGGAUCCUCCGCUCAUGCACACGGUGCCCCUGGACCAGUGUCCGCCGGAGUAUGACGAGACGACGGAGGACCUCCCCCCUCCUGAGGACCUCGACGAGCCCCAGAAAGUGACGCCGUCCACGCCUCCGCCGCAGCCGGGCGAGGCCGUCGUGGCGCCCUUGGCACGCAUCGACGAGACGCGCAUCGACGGCAGCUCGGGGCCGUCCAACCCGCCGACGCCUCCCCAGCGACCCCCGAGGUCUCCCAAAUCGCCGAGACGACAGUCGCCGUCUCGAUCGACGCCCUCGCCGAGGCCGACGGCGCCGCUAGCGACCUCGAGUCCGCACGGGUCCAACGGUGUUAGUGCUAGUCGGAGCGAUCUGCCGCCGCCCCUCGAGUCGGACUUAUGAGGGGCGUGGACAGUAAUUCACUUUUCUCUUAUCAUUUUCAGUUAUCGCCAUUGGCCGGGCACAGACUGCGCUAGAGUGUGCACGUUGCCUGGUCGAUAGAAAGCUUACACAAUUGAAGAAAAGCUUAGAUAGCAAUUAAGUGCUUUCCUGCCAUAAGUAUUCAUUAUUCGCUGUGAUCUUACAACAUGACAAUCAUUCGUCCUGCGUUUGCGCCGAGGACCCCGCUCUCCUGAGGAUUCAGUCAAGUUGCUCACACAGUUGCCAUACUGUUGUUCAUAGGCAUUAUCAACUGCGGUUCCAUGUCAUUCCUGACCUACGGGUUCCCUCUGUGUAUUGUUAGUCUGGCCAAGUGCAACAAGGAGGACCAUUCGUACUGUGGCUUCCGGCUGUAGGCUAUUUCCGUGAAAGGGGAAUGAGCUGUUAAUGCAGGACGAUGUCUGUGGCACCAGCUUGAUUUUUUUUUUUUGGAAAUUUUCUGUCGAGUAUUUUUUUUUUUUUCCUUCCCAAAACGAAAGACAUGU